CACUGGCAACGACAGUUGCCAUUGUUUUUUAUUCCCUGCACAACGUGACAGACUAAACAUUUGAAUAGUUCACGCGGUGAUUUCGGGCGACGGUAGCCGAUUAUCCCGUUACCCGAAGAAACACAUUAGACAAAAGUUCAUUGAUUGAGGACAAAGUGAGCGAGUGCACCAACCAAGCUGUACGUCCGGACUGUAAUCUCGGUCUAAACCAGUGAAACCAUCCCGAUUAAAGACAAUUAUUUUGCUUAGUGAAGGAGCAGACGUUCCAAAGUUUUUAUUCAUCAAUUAUUAGCAGACGUUACGUGAUAAUUGCGACUGGUAGACGAGUGAUGUUUGGCGAAGAAAACAUUUCACCUAUAAACGUCCGUUAGUAAAUAUUCGUGAUUCGUUUUUCUACUUCGAGGAUCUCAAACCCGGGAAGAUUUGAUUGGUGGACCCAGGCCAAAUAAAAAAUCGGAAGGCCGAACAAUAACAUCAGCCAGAGUCUUCCUCAUUUUUUUUUCCCAAAUUCCGGAACUAUUUGUCUGACUAUUGAGUAUUCAUAGUUGUAUUGACUGCCGAAUUUGAGGAUGACGUCUUUGACCAGUGUCAGCGGUGCUAAUAGGCCGGCAUCUUCCAGCUCGGCCGGUUGCGGACCGUCGUCGGCCAUUCCAUCCUCGCAGAGUAUGAGUUUGCCCGGAAUCGGUGGUGAGUUGGUGCGCACCGGAAGCCCGUGCGUCUUGUGCUCAUCGCUACCUACCCACUGGCGCUCCAAUAAGACUCUUCCGGCGGCUUUUCGCGUCGUCUGCCUAGGCAGUAUAGAUGACGGAACGCUGGUCACAGUACGGGCGGGCAACGACGAAAACUGGAGUGCCGAACUACGCAACGGCACGGCCGUCAUGAAAAACCAUGUAGCCAAAUUUAACGAUCUCCGUUUCAUCGGGAGAUCGGGAAGAGGGAAAAGUUUUACGCUUACCAUCACAGUCAACUCGUCUCCACCUCAGGUUGCUACCUACACCAAAGCCAUCAAAGUGACCGUCGAUGGACCGCGGGAACCGAGGAGUAAAACACCAGGACAUUCUCCUUUCAUACCGUUGAGUUUGGCUUCCCGUUUCAUUGGCAACACCUUCGAUUCUCUCAACCUCAAAAUAAGCCAACCUGGAGGCUGUAGAGGUUUCGGACCGCCGAUUGACUUUAAUUUGAGUAGCUCAGCCUGGGGAGCCUAUCGUGCUUUGGGUCAAACCAACCUCCCGAUGAACUGGGGUUCUUUGACAGGCGUCAAUGUCAACCCACUACUUCACCCAUCAGUCUGGGAUUCGCUCAAUCAGCAUCGCUCUAUAGCUCCAGGUCACGGCGAGCCCAGUGUGGGAGGAGCGAACGGAUUACGGGCCAACGAGGUGAAUCGGCGCGCGAUUUCUCUCGAGUCGAAAGCAGUUAGCGCAGAUGGAACUCAGCGGAACGCCUGCACAGAUACGACGGCGACGGUGUCUUCGUCGGUGUCGUCCAUCCCGUCAUCAAUUGUUUCCAACCUACCGCAUCACAACGCUCAAUUCCUAUUGGCCAACCCGUGGCUGCACACCUCUCUCCUCUACUCGCAGCUCUACAGUCAACGUGUCCAUCCUCAGUCACAAUCGGUGUUGAGCGUCGAUCCCGACUCGGAUCAAACAGAUCACGGAGAUAAUGCUUUAACUUCUAGUAAGUUUCCCCAUCGCUCGCCCCCCGCCACUCCGAAAAGCAACGUUUCAUCGCCCGCCUCUUCUUCGACGAAAGACACUCGGGAAAAAGAGGUCGAUAACAAACGCUCUGAAGUCUGGCGUCCAUAUUGAUUCCAAGAAAAUCGGACAGGGAAUAAUAUAUUUGAAAAUAUUAAAAAAAAAAAAAGGAAGCCUAAGCAAAGAGAGAUGGGGAAAGAAAAAAAAAGAAAGAAAUGUAUCACUGGAAAAUUAUAGACAAAUGUGGCAGAUGCAUGAUGCCCAUCCGUUAAUGUUAUAUUCGUAAAGAUAUUGUGUUCCUGUUCGUUUCUUUUUCCCCCCCUGUCAUUCCAUCUAGUUGUUUCAUAGUCAACAUCUGUUUCCCUAGAUUUAAAAAAAGAAAAGAAAAGCGAUUCAUUUGAAAUUUACGGUUUUUCAGAUUAUUUCAUUCCUACCAAGCUCACCUUUUCUUCCCACUGUUUGACCGAUGAAAAUAUAACA